GGGGCAGACUCUGCAAACUCAGAGUAUUUGACGAUCUGAGGACAAAAGUUUCAAAAUUAACAGAUGAAGGGCUUAUGCCUGAAACGUCAACUUUCCUGCUCUUCGGAUGCUGCCUGACCAGCUGUGCUUUUCCAGCACCGCACGUUUCAGCACCGACAGUCCAGUAACUACAAUCCUCACUUUGUCAUCAAUGUCUGACAGUCAUUCAAUCCAUCGAGACUGCAAUAAUUUUUUACUGUGAUUCUGUGAGAAGGAGCAAAGUUUUUUGGUUCCUGUUUAAGUACGUUUUCAGCAUCAGUGGGACUGGAUGAGAGACCCUACUGUUGCAGUGCACUUGAGUGUGAAGCCAGAAACACCUCUACAGCCUGGAAAGAGGAAUUCACGGUGAGGAGGGGCUCUACACGCAUUUGUGUACAGCUGGAGCUUCGGCCAUGGAGAAACCUGAGGAAUCCCACCCCGAGGAGGAAUCGUGGAAGUGUGCUGACUGCGGGAAAGGCUUCCGUGCUCCAUCUGCCCUGGAGAUUCAUCGGCGCAGUCACACCGGAGAGAGGCCAUUCAUCUGCCCCAGGUGUGGGAAGGCCUUCAGCAAUUCCUCUGCCCUUAUGAGGCACCGGUGGGUCCACACAGGGGAGAGGCCCUUCAGCUGCCCUGAUUGUGGGAAGGACUUCAGUUAUUCUUCUGACCUGAAGACCCAUCGACGGGUCCACACGGGGGAGAGGCCGUUCUCCUGCACUGUGUGUGGGAAGGCCUUCAGCACCUCCUCCACCCUCCUGACCCACUGGCGGGUCCACACUGGGGAGAGGCCAUUCACUUGUUCCGAAUGCAGGAAGGGAUUCACUCAGGAGGGCAAGUUGCGGAUGCACCAGCGGGUCCACACUGGGGAGAAGCCUUUCAGCUGCCCCGAGUGUGGGAAGGCCUUCAACGAUUCCUCUUCCCUUCAGACCCACAAGUGGGUCCACACGCAGGAGAGGCCGUUCCCCUGCACAGAGUGCGGCAAGCUCUUCAGCAAUUCCUCCACCCUGCUGAAGCACCAGCGGGUCCACACAGGGGAGAGGCCCUUCAGCUGCCCCGAGUGUGGGAAGGGCUUUACCCAGAUGUCCGUCCUGCUGAUCCACCAGCGGAUCCACAUCGGUGAGAAGCCUUUCUGCUGCCCUGAGUGUGGGAAGGGAUUCACUCAGAAGGGCAACUUGCGCACGCACCAGCGGGUCCACACCGGGGAGAGGCCCUUCAGCUGCCCCAAGUGCGGAAAUGCCUUCAGCGAUUCCUCCACCCUACUGAAGCACCAACGGGUCCACACAGGGAAGAAGCCAUUCCCCUGCCCCGAGUGUGGGAAGGCCUUUAGCAAUUCCUCCGACCUGCUGAAGCACCAGCGUGUCCACACGGGGGAGAAGCCCUUCAGCUGUCCCGAAUGUGGGAAGGCCUUCAGCGAUUCCUCCGCCCUGGUGAAGCACCAGCGGGUCCACACGGGGGAGAGGUCCUUCAGCUGCCCCGAGUGUGGGAAGGGCUUUACCCGGGCAGCCACCCUGCGGAGGCACCAAGGAGUUCAUGUGCCAUCACAGGGGUGCUUCAAACCAUUUCCUCAGCUUGGGGGAAUCAAAAUCCCACCCCUCACGGUGGGGACAGACUGUGUACCAGUUCUGUUUGUAAUUUCAAACCCAGGUGACACAAGGAAUACUCUCCCCAUGGGGAAACCGUGGAAAUGUGGGGACUGUGGGAAAGGAUUCCCUUCCCCCUCAGUGCUGGAAAUUCACAGACGUGUUCACAGCGGGGAGAAGCCGUUCAUCUGCUCAGUGUGUGGGAAGGGAUUCACAAAUUCUUCCAACCUGCGGGCGCACCAGUGGGUCCACACGGGAGAGAAGCCCUUCACCUGCUUGGUGUGCAGGAAGGGGUUCACGCAUUCAUCUGCACUGCUGACCCACCAGCGGGUCCACACUGGGGAGAGGCCGUUCGGUUGCUCAGAGUGCGGGAAGGCUUUCCGUCGUGUGAGCAACUUGAGGAAGCACGAGCGGGUCCACACGGGGGAGAGGCCGUUCACCUGCCCCGAGUGUGGGAAGGGAUUCAUUGAUUCUUCCAGCUUGCUGAACCACCAGCAGAUCCACACAGGGGAAAGGCCAUUCACCUGCUCUGUGUGCGGGAAAGGAUUCAAUCAUAUGAGCAAUUUGCGGCAGCAUAAGCGGGUCCACACUGGGGAGAGGCCAUUCACCUGCCCCGAGUGUGGGAAGGGAUUUACCAACUCUUCCCACCUGCUGACCCACCAGCGGAUCCACACUGGGGAGAGGCCAUUCACCUGCUCCAAGUGCAGGAAGGGCUUCACCUGCUCCUCCGACCUCCAGAGACAUCAACGAGUUCACGUGCCAUCACAGGGAAAUUGAAGGAGUGACAGAUAAGUACCAUUUUUGACUAGACUAUCAACCCCGUUCUGGGGUCUCCCAGGUUUGAAUCCCACCGUGGUAGAUGGCGCAAUUGAAAUCUGGAGUUCAGAAUCAAAUGAUGAAACCAUUUUCAGGGGAAGAAAAACCCCACCUUAUUCACUCAUCUCCUUUUUUAGAGAAUGAAGCUACCUUUGCAGGAAAGGAAUCACUCGGUUAUUCCAGCUGCGUCCUUUACCUGGUCUGGCCUACCCCUGACUCCAGAGCCACAGCAGUGUGGUUGACUCUUGAUUGCAUCCCCCUCCUGUAUAUGAGCUGGAGAAACUAACUUGUACACAGGGUGUAGGCUGAAACUGCUGAGUGAGGCAAUACUUCCUCCAGGUGAAGGCUGUACCAGGGAUCCAGUUCCAAAGGGAUAAUUUGGUGCUGACCAAUAGUAAAGUAAGUGGGGGAUGGGGAGUGUGUGCACUUUGACCUUGAGCUUUUUAUUUAAAAAAACGCUACUUUUCGUGCACUUUUUUUUUCUGGGAAAAAUUGAAACUGUAA